AUGGACAUAAAUCCUCAAGUUUCUGGUAAUAGUACUAAUAGUUCAUCUUUAAAUGUUACAUCUAAUAAUUUAAAUAGCAAUGCACAAUUAGAAAUUUGCGCUACUUCAGUAAAAUUACCUCACCCAGAAGCGUGGUUCAUUCAUGCUGAAACUCAAUUUAACACUAAGGGUAUAACUAGAGAUAAUACAAUAUAUGAACACCUUAUUGUAUCGCUUCCUCAAGAUGUAAUAGUAUCGGUUAUUGAUGUUAUUCAGAAUCCACCGGAUGCAAAUCGUUAUUUAAAUCUGAAAACAAAACUUCUUGAACGUCACUUGCUUAGUGAACAAAGAUAUCUUGAUAAGCUAUUGUCAGAUUCCGAAAUAGGUGAUCGUAAACCUUUGGAAUUUUACAGAUCUUUGAUUCAAUUAGCAGGGAAUAAUAUUAAUUCUGAUUUUGCUAAAAGUUUAUGGUUACGAAAAUUACCAAGAAAUCUUAAUAUUGCGUUGGUAGGGUCUAAUGUUGUCAAUAUUGAGGAUUUGCUUAAAUUAGCUGAUAAUAUUUGGGAAGUGACAAAUAAGGUAGAAUUGUGUACCCUAGAACCCAAAGAUUCGGUACAGAGUAAUUGCAGGUUAGAUAAAACGGUGGAUAAUUUGGUUAAAAUUACAUCAGCGAUGCUUGAUAAGUUUACACAACAAUCUACGGAAAUAGCUGAUGUUAGACAAUCUUUUCAAAAUAGUCGUUCAAGGACACCAUUUAGAAAUAGGAGUCGUUCUAGGGGACGUUCAUCAAAUAGUAAAUGGCUUUGUCGUUAUCAUUAUCGGUUUGGUGGCAAAGCUAGAAGAUGUGAACAACCAUGUUCAUAUGAAGCAUCACAACAGGAAAACUAA